UCUUGAAGCUAUCUUAUGACACAAACCUCAGACCCAACCUCACCUCACAGUUUGGUACAACCUUUAGUUUCAUCUUAACAUUUUUCGCUUAUAUUACCGCCAAAGUUCCCUUUGGUUUCUUCAGUUAUCAAAACACAUAGUCGCAUACAUUUUUUUUUUCCUAUCUCUCAUUUUGCUCUGCUUCGGAGCUUAGCUUUCCUCGCCAUGGAACCAAACACCAUGGCCAGCUUCGGAGAUGAGCAUCGUCAUUCGUCCUUCUCGGCAAAGAUCUGUAGAAUCUGUAGGGACGAGGUCAAAGACGGCGACAAUGGCCAGACAUUCGUGGCGUGCCACGUGUGCGCAUUCCCUGUUUGCAAACCGUGCUACGAGUAUGAGCGUAGCAACGGUAACAAAUGUUGCCCUCAAUGCAACACUCCCUAUAAACGCCACAAAGGCUCUCCAACCAUUGCUGGAGAUGAUGAAGAAGAAGAAAACAAUGGUCAUGUUGAUUCGGACGAUGAGUUGAAUAUCAAGAAUCGCAAGGAUACUUCCUCCAUUCACCAGAAUUUUGCCUAUGGAUCGGAAAAUGGAGACUACAACAGUAAGCAGCAAUGGCGUCCAAAUGGCCGUGCCUUUUCUUCCACCGGAAGUGUGUUAGGGAGAGAGUUUGAAGGUGAGAGAGAUGGCGCCACAGACGCUGAGUGGAAAGAACGAGUUGAUAAAUGGAAAGCGAGGCAAGAGAAGAGAGGUUUAUUGGUUAAAGGAGAACAAACAAAGGAUCAAGACAGCCAAACUGAUGAAGAAGAAUUCCUAGAUGCUGAUGCAAGACAACCUCUCUGGAGAAAAGUCCCAAUCUCAUCGAGCAAAAUCAGUCCUUACAGGAUCGUGAUCGUUCUCCGCCUCAUCAUCUUAGUCUUCUUCUUCCGUUUCCGUAUCCUGACACCAGCCAAAGACGCCUACCCUCUCUGGCUGAUCUCAGUCAUCUGCGAGAUCUGGUUCGCGCUCUCUUGGAUUCUUGACCAGUUCCCUAAAUGGUUCCCGAUUAACCGUGAGACCUACCUCGACCGUCUCUCUAUGAGAUUCGAAAGGGAUGGUGAGAAGAACAAGCUUGCACCGGUUGAUGUGUUUGUCAGUACGGUGGAUCCACUUAAGGAGCCUCCGAUUAUCACAGCCAACACUAUUCUCUCCAUCUUGGCCGUUGAUUAUCCGGUGAGUAAGGUUAGCUGCUAUGUGUCUGAUGACGGUGCUUCCAUGCUCCUGUUCGAUACGUUGUCUGAAACUUCAGAGUUUGCGAGAAGAUGGGUUCCGUUUUGCAAGAAGUACAACGUUGAGCCAAGAGCUCCAGAGUUUUACUUCUCUGAGAAGAUUGAUUACUUGAAGGAUAAAGUCCAAACUACAUUCGUCAAAGAUCGUAGAGCAAUGAAGAGAGAAUAUGAAGAGUUUAAAGUGAGGAUCAAUUCUUUAGUGGCUAAAGCUCAGAAGAAGCCAGAAGAAGGUUGGGUGAUGCAAGAUGGUACACCAUGGCCUGGGAACAACACUCGUGAUCAUCCCGGGAUGAUUCAGGUGUACUUAGGAAAGGAAGGAGCUUAUGAUAUUGACGGUAACGAAUUGCCACGCCUAGUGUAUGUGUCGAGAGAGAAGCGUCCUGGUUACGCUCACCACAAGAAAGCUGGAGCCAUGAAUGCAAUGGUUCGAGUCUCUGCAGUGCUCACAAAUGCACCAUUUAUGCUGAACUUGGAUUGUGAUCAUUACAUCAACAAUAGUAGAGCCAUCAGAGAAUCAAUGUGCUUCCUGAUGGAUCCACAGCUCGGGAAAAAGCUUUGUUAUGUUCAGUUCCCUCAGAGAUUCGAUGGAAUCGAUCGCAAUGAUCGAUACGCCAACAGAAACAUCGUCUUCUUCGAUAUAAACAUGAGAGGGUUAGAUGGGAUUCAAGGACCAGUCUAUGUGGGAACAGGAUGUGUAUUCAACAGACCAGCACUGUACGGAUACGAACCACCCGUGUCUGAAAAACGAAAGAAGAUGACAUGCGACUGCUGGCCGUCGUGGCUUUCCUGCUGCUGCGGCGGAGGUAGGCGUGGCAAACCGAAGUCGGAUUCGAAGAAGAAGUCAGGGAUCAAGAGCUUGUUAUCUGGACUGAGGAGGAAGAAGAAGAAGAAGGACAGUGCAACGACGAUGAGCUAUUCGAGAAAACGAUCGACCGAGGCGAUAUUCGAUCUUGAGGACAUCGAAGAAGGGCUUGAAGGGUACGACGAGCACGAUAAAUCGUCUCUAAUGUCGCAGAAGAACUUCGAGAAGAGAUUCGGAAUGUCUCCUGUGUUCAUCGCAUCCACUUUGAUGGAGAAGGGAGGGUUACCGGAGGCGACGAACACGAGCUCACUCAUCAAAGAAGCGAUUCACGUCAUUAGCUGUGGAUACGAAGAGAAGACUGAGUGGGGCAAAGAGAUCGGGUGGAUCUACGGAUCAGUGACCGAAGAUAUCCUUACGGGGUUCAAGAUGCAUUGUAGAGGUUGGAAGUCGAUUUACUGUAUGCCUAAAAGACCAGCUUUUAAAGGAUCAGCUCCGAUCAAUUUGUCUGACCGGUUGCACCAAGUGCUUCGAUGGGCGCUUGGUUCGGUCGAAAUCUUCUUUAGUCGUCAUUGUCCGUUAUGGUAUGCAUGGGGAGGCAAGCUCAAGAUUCUAGAACGUCUCGCUUACAUCAACACCAUUGUCUACCCUUUCACUUCUAUUCCUCUGCUCGCUUAUUGUACUAUCCCAGCGGUUUGUCUUCUCACCGGCAAGUUCAUCAUUCCAACGAUCAACAACUUUGCGAGCAUAUGGUUCCUCGCGCUGUUCCUAUCAAUCAUCGCGACGGCUAUCUUGGAGCUGAGGUGGAGCGAAGUGAGCAUCACUGACCUCUGGCGUAACGAGCAGUUCUGGGUGAUCGGAGGAGUCUCGGCUCACCUCUUCGCCGUCUUUCAAGGUCUCCUCAAAGUUCUCUUCGGAGUCGACACAAACUUCACCGUCACAUCCAAAGGAGCCUCGGACGAAGCCGACGAGUUCGGAGAUCUUUACCUCUUCAAAUGGACAACUCUUCUCAUCCCUCCCACGACUCUCAUCAUCCUCAACAUGGUCGGCGUCGUGGCAGGCGUUUCGGACGCCAUUAACAACGGGUACGGCUCCUGGGGACCGCUUUUCGGGAAGCUGUUUUUCGCGUUUUGGGUCAUCGUUCAUCUUUACCCGUUCCUCAAGGGUUUGAUGGGUCGACAGAACCGAACUCCCACGAUCGUUGUGCUUUGGUCGAUCCUCUUGGCGUCCAUUUUCUCGCUGGUUUGGGUUCGGAUCGAUCCGUUUUUGGCGAAACAGACUGGUCCGUUACUGAAGCAGUGUGGCGUCGACUGUUGAAGAGUAAAGUAAAGACUAUAAAUGUGCGUUUUGUAUCGCGUUUGCGUUUUGGCCGCCCUUUUGAGCCAUCUUGUAUGGGGCUAGUUUUACUCUGUUUGGGUGUUUUUUCUUUUAUUUGAGCAAACAAGUUAUGAUAAAA